AUGGAUAAUAACCUAGCAAAUAUGCAACUCGAAAUCAACCUUAAUUCGUGUGAAACAGAUGAAAUAAAUGAGCAUUUGCAUGAUUUUUCGUCGAUAUAUGAAGAUCUAGAGCCGGGUAUCGAAAGAGAUGCACGUAGGAUAGUUAUUUCUACGAUCUCUUGGCAAGAUCUUAAUAACACACGAGAUCUGAAUAACCGAAUUAUACUCUCCCAACCGAAAAAAAGUCAAACCGAGAUACCAGAAAGAUCUUGUGAUAAGAGGCAGGGAAACGUAGAUUUGUCACAUGCCAGACGUGGGUUGAAAGCAGAAGAUCCACUACCCGAUGGG